ACGUCUGCUGUUACGUAAUACCGAGGGCUGAGGGGAAGUGGCGCUGCUAAUGAAACGCAGCCCAGAUUUAAUCGUUUGGUGUCAUAGUCGUCGUUAAAGCGAUGUCUUUUCGUAAUAUUUCCAAAGAGGCUCUGGUUGGAUCCAUCACACUGGGACUUGUUUUUGUCGUCGGUUAUUUAUAUGGGAAAAAGAAAUCUUCCAGAAUGAGCAUCUCCAAAAGUCACUGCGGGGGAAAAGACAACCCACUGAUGCAGUACGUCCUCAAUCACUCCAUGAGGGAGCAUCCGGUCCUGAAAAACCUCAGACUGAGGACAAUGGAAGACUCCUGGAACAUCAUGAUGGUCGCCUGUGAGCAGUCGCAGUUCAUGGCCAAUCUGGCAAAGCUAAUAAAAGCCAAGAAAGCAUUAGAGAUUGGAGUAUACACAGGUUACAACACACUGAACAUGGCACUGGCUUUGCCUGACGAUGGAGUUGUGGUGGCAUGUGAUAUCAGUGAAGACUACACCAACAUUGGCAAACCCUACUGGAAAGAGGCUGGAGUCGAGCAAAAAAUUGAUCUACGCAUACAGCCAGCAUUGAAAACUCUAGAUGAUCUCUUGUCUGCUGGCCAGGCUGAAACAUUUGACUUUGUCUUCGUUGAUGCAGACAAAGUUAACUAUGACAGCUACUUCGAAAAGUCUCUCAAACUGUUGAGGAAAGGGGGCAUCAUUGCUAUCGAUAAUGUGCUGUGGGGUGGAAAGGUGGUGAAUCCGUCCCCUGAUGAUGCAGACACUCUGGCCAUUGACAAGCUGAACAAGAAGUUGCACCGAGAUGCUCGAAUCAGCCUGAGCAUGCUCACAGUGGGAGAUGGGCUCACACUGGCUAUCAAACUAUAGGACAGGUGUCUGAUAAGUGCAGUGAUUUAUAGGCUAACACUAUACUGUAUGUCUUCUUAGAGGUAGGUGAACUAUUAUGAGGGAUAUAUGAUGGAAGCUGAAACAUACUGUAUGUAGUACCCACUGGGCUCAUGUCACUACAGGUUAAAGUGAUAGUUUGGGUUUUUGAAGUGGGGCUGUAUGAGGUACUUAUCCAUAGUCAGUGUACUACCUGCAGUAGAUGGUGGUCAGCACGCCACCAGUUUGGAGAAGCAGAGAGUUGGACCGGCACGGAAGCUAAGCAAUGUACUGCUGUGGACAGGGUCAGCAGCAAAACAUAUUUAGCCACCUAAAAGAAGGCUCACCGAAAAAAAUCAAUCAAUUCAAGAGUACGCUAUAUUUUGAAUAUUUUCAGCGCUUUACCUUGCUGUCAGACAGCCAUUUCUUUUGGAACUACAUUUUCUCAACCAAACAGCGUCUCACAGACAGUCUGCAUCUUUUAAAUCUUUAGAAAAGUGAAGUUUGAUUUCAGUCUGAUCUUGCAACAGCACUUUCUGACUACUGAUCUCCGGCCAAGUAGCACUUAUGCGUGGGAAUACUAAAGUUCUACGGUUGAGAAAAUGUAGACCCAAAGGAAAUGGCUGUCUGAUGGCAAGGUAAAGCGCUGAACAUAUUCAAACUGAACAUAUACUACUGCAGGUAGUACACUGACUGUGGAUAAGUACUUCAUACAGCUCCACUUCAAAAAACCUGAACUAUCCCUUUUUAAUGUGAAGAUUAUGGAACACUGUAUUUAAGUAAUUUCAAUGCCAGUUUUAUUACUUCAGAAUCUGUAAUAACAUUCAUUUUACAGUUACAAGACAAAGUGCAGCAUUUGAAUAAAAUAGUGAUGGAAUUUAA